CAACAGGACCGAUAUGGAACACUGGUACCUCGCAUACAUUCGAUAAAGCGGUCACAACCUUGUCAGCAACUUCGACAGACAGUUCGACCGUUACAAACAGGGCCAAUAAUAAUGUUUCGACAGAUAUAACAUUGACUAUCACUGUAACAGGCCUUAGCGUGAAAGUGACAGAUACAGACUGUAUAAAAGAUACUGCAAACCAGUGUGAAGAUAUCCCAAAUGCAGAAUGUGACAAUGCUGCAACUGGUGCUAAAUGUAAAUGCUCCGAUGGUUAUGCAGCAGAUAGAAAUACUGGCACUUCCUGUGUGAAAACUGUUAGCGGCACAACUUGUACAUCGGGUGGAAAAGAAUGCGAUGUCAUUAAAAACUCACAUUGUGUGUCCACAAAGUGCCAAUGCGACGAUGGCUUUGCAAUGUAUGUUGAUGUUUGUGUGGCAGUAAGUUCAGCUAUAUUUCUUCACUUUGGCAGUUUGACGUUGUUCUUCUUUGUUUCAACUAUGGUUCGACACUUAUUCUGGUAAAUAAUUGCACGGUAUUCUUGAUACAUCUUUUCAUUAUACAUGUAUAUAUAAUACCGAUAUAAUACAUAAUUUAUCCUCAUCAUUUCCGUGUUUAUAAAAUAAAUAUCUUAUUAUUGAAUACCUAUUUUGAGUCGAUUAUCGUUUCCAUUAAAGAAUAUAAACUGUUUAAAUAUCUGAUGAAAAUAUCACUGUAGAUUGUAAAAAAUGCAACGUACCGAAACAUGUGCAGUUAUCUUUUUCAGAUUGUGAGUCAUUAACACUUAUGAUAUCUAUUAA